UUGAUUCCUAAUAUUCAUAAUUAAUUCUUGUGCAGAAGAAAAUUUAUGAACUGUUUGAACUCUAUAACAUGUCAUUACGGCACAAACAGUGUAACUUUGGUUGUGAUUUUGCCCUAUAAGAGUGAAAGGGACUAAAGUACUUGAUUAUAUUAAAGUGAAAUUUAUGCUGUGCUUUUGGUCUUGAUUUGUGACAUCUGAUUAGCACCUUUGCCUUCACGCCUCCAGCGCCCCUUGUCUGGUGUUCAUCCUGCCAGCACAGGGACCCCCAACCCCUUGGAAGGUAAACAAGAUAAACUACAGAAAGCUGUACAGCAUAUACUGUCUCUUCUGGAAGAGAUGAAAACUGACGUGAAAGACGUGAAAAAUAGGCUUGCGCAGAUGGAGUGCCAAACCCAAGAAAAGGAGCUGACAUCUGACACAAGGGUUACAGUUUCCCUUAAAAUCUUCAGAGGAUGUAGAAUGUCUCAAGUUGGAUUUAAAGACAGAUCCAGGAAAACGUGCACGCUUGAAUUAGCCCGGUGUUACAACUAUAAUGGCCUGAAGGGAAAGAAGGGACUGAAGAACCACCCCUUUAUUUUAAGAACAGUUCAGGAUGCUGCAAGAAAAAGUUAUCCUGAUGCUACGGAAGUGGAACUGCAAGUUCAGAUUUCGAAAUGGCUGACUGGGGCGAGAGAUCGCGAAAAUGGGAGAAAAGAAAGACUUUUAAAGCCUAUAAAUAAUUCUGGGGUUGAGGGUGAAUUACAGGAGAAUUAAAGCUGUAAAAAUUUCAACCGAUGUUUGUCUGGAAAACUCUGACAUAAACCUGUACAGGUCAAUGCUUUAAGAAUUUGUGUAAAUAAUCAUUUUUUUAAUUAACAGUUAAAUAAACAUCAGUAAACAAAAAGUUAUGUUUGUUUUUUGUAACAUUAUGGAUUUUUUAUGAACGUUUU